UGUAUACAUAGAAGCUAAUAUAAGAGGAACACAUGACACAGCAUCCACAGUCAGUCAUUCGGUGUUCGUAUUAUUCACUCGGCUUUUACGUUCGUUUUCUACUCGAUAAUUCAAAAUGUAUCGCUCGUUUAUAUUAUUUAUCACAGCUGUUACGGUAGUCACAGCCAAGGAAUUAGUCGCGGUCGUUCGUUUGACGCCUCACGAUCCAGCUGUAAAAAAUGUUAUGGGUGACAUUACGAUUACUCAAUCUGUACCAAAUGGACCGGUUAAAUUGAGCGGUAAAGUAAAUGGUUUAACUGCAGGACUUCAUGGAUUUCAUGUCCAUGAGAAAGGAGAUCUAAAGGACGGUUGUAAGUCAACGGGUGCCCAUUUUAAUCCUGAAAAUAAUGUUCACGGUGCUCCAGAGGAUACAAUCAGACACGUUGGUGAUUUGGGUAAUAUCGAAGCCAAUGCCGAAGGAGAAGCGAUUAUUGAUAUCACCGAUAAAGUUAUCUCUCUUAGUGGUCCUAACAAUAUUUUGGGUCGGGCUAUCGUAAUACAUUCUCAGGAAGAUGAUUUGGGUAAAGGCAACAGUGCUCUAUCGAAUUCGACAGGAAACGCAGGAGAUCGUUGGGCUUGUGGAAUCGUCGCUGUCCACUAAAACUGUGACAAAUCAUCGAUCGGAAUAUGGCAUAAGGACAACUUCCGGUACGAGAAUAAAACAUCGACGCACUUUUUUAGAAUUAGCUUCGGGAUUACUAAUGCGUCUUAAUUAGGAUAUUCUGACUUUUUAUUUUUCUCGAUUCGUUUAUUUCUAAUAUAUGCGUACAUACGUCGAUAUAUUUUAUUUGUCUUUAUAUACUCAAGAUAAAUUCUCAAUAAAUAAGUAAUUCUUUUUUCAUAUUACUCUUUUAAAUGUAGACUGCUAAUAGAUCAAAGGUAAUAGGAACGAUGAAUAAUCUGAAAUGUAUGAUAUCACGUUGUGUAUUCAGUUGGCCUUUUAGUCUGUCUCUUAUCUUUAUUUUAAAAUAGUUUAGUAUGUUUACCUUUUAUAUGUAAAUUGGUAAUACUUAUAAAAAUAUUUCUUGUUU